AUGGUUUCUAGAGAGCAAAAGAGAGCUGCACUGCAUGAGAAGCUUCAACUUCUUCGUUCUAUUACCAACUCUCAUGCUCUAAACAAAACCUCGAUCAUAAUUGAUGCAUCAAAGUAUAUCGAAGAACUAAAGCAAAAAGUAGAACGACUGAAUCAAGACAUAGCCAAUGCACAAACUUCAAAUGACCAAAAUUCUUUUCCUAUGGUUACAGUAGAAACCCUAGAAAAGGGUUUUCUUAUAAAUGUUUUUUCAACAAAGAGCUGCCCGGGCCUGCUUGUUUCCAUAUUGGAGACCUUUGAAGAGAUGGGUCUUAAUGUGCUUGAAGCUAGGGUUACUUGUUCGGACACUUUUCGAUUUCAAGCUGUUGGAGGAGAAAAUGAAGAGCGUAUUGAUGCUCAAGCUGUGAAACAGGCAAUGGGACAAGCAAUAAAGAAUUGGAGCGAAAGUUAUACUGAUCAAAAGUAA